UCACCCAGAGACUAAGAAAAUUUGUCCAUCUCAGACCCAACAAUUGCCCAAGAGGCUAUGGAAAAUAUGGUUAUCUCGUACGCGGCAUGCAAUGAACCUAUUGGUCCGGAUUGUUGCUGUGCCGCACACGGUCUAUCUAUAUCAUAAACAAAGAAGGGGUUUCCAUCGUGUCUCCGCCCAGAACGCCAGCCUGCGAUCUACCCACCCGACCCCGUCUUGGCUUCACGCAGUUGUGCCCCCUUUGCGCGACACGUGCUGGUUGCUGCAACGGCAAAUCGGGGCGGCUUCUGUAGCACCCGUCAUCGUUGUCAUCGUUUGCACGGCAGCCUCCUCGGUCAACGCCAAGCUCCCCGGCAAGCGCCAAACAGUCUGGCUGGAUUCGAUCCAACAACGAGUGGGACUUACAUCGAAAGCCAUCUCAAACAUGAAGGCUCUCAAGAUCUCGACCAUGUCCGGCCCGAUAAAAACAUAAUCCAGACCUUGCGACUAAAGGAGAUCAGCGUGGGUGGCAAGUGGCGCUAACUGCUCCUC